CUAGCUUAGCACCUUUUACAAGUCUGUCUGAGAGGCCAAGGCUACUAAUUCUUAGUGUUCCAUACUAAGGGAUUCUUUGACUAGGGAGUAAACAUGGGGAGGAGAACGACAUAUUUAGUCAUCCUCCAUAUUUCAUGGAUCUUAUGUGAAAAUGUCUUAUCUCUGCCUUCACCAAGAGUUUUAGAAUAUGAUGUGGAUGGUGGAAGGGACAUGGACAUCUUUGAUAUCAAUGAAGAGGCUGGGUUAAACCUGGUGGAGGGGGAUAUUGAGCUUGAUGAGAAACAAGGCCGGAAUUCUAUAAUAGGGGAUCAAUACAGAUGGCCAAAGACUGUUCCCUACUACUUUGAGGAUGACUUGGAGAUCAAUGCAAAAGGUGUUAUCCUGAAGGCCUUUGAACAGUACCGGCUGAAGACCUGUAUCGACUUCAACCCUUGGGAGGGAGAGCAGAACUACAUUUCCAUUUUCAAAGGAAGCGGUUGUUUCUCAUCUGUGGGUAACCAACAUGUGGGGAAACAGAGGUUGUCCAUCGGGACCAAUUGUGACCGCAUUGCGACCAUCGAACACGAAUUCCUCCAUGCACUGGGUUUCUGGCAUGAGCAGUCACGGUCGGACCGCGAUGACUACGUCACCAUCCUGUGGGACCACAUCUCUGAGGGUAAGGAACACAACUUCAACACGUACAAUGACACCAUGUCCAGUUCUCUGGGUGUCCCCUACGACUACGGUUCCAUGAUGCACUACAGUAAGACUGCGUUCAGGAACGGUACCGAGCCCACAAUCGUCACCAAGAUCCCCGCCUUCGCUGAUGUCAUCGGUCAGCGCAUGGAGUUCAGUGAUAAUGACCUGCUCAAGUUACGGCGCCUCUACAACUGCACACGCUCCUCCACUUUCCUGGACACCUGCGACUUUGAGAGGGAGAACAUCUGUGGCAUGAUCCAGGGGCCGGGGGACCAGGCAGAAUGGACAAGGGUGACCCAGGCGCCUGGCGGGCCCAACACGGACUACUCCAACAUGGGCAAAUGCACCGGCUCAGGCUACUUCAUGCACUUGAGCACUGCCACAGGCAAACCAGCAGACACAGCCAGGCUGGAGAGCAGACUGCUCUACCCCAAGAGAAGCUACCAGUGCCUGCAGUUCUUCCUCUACAAUGGUGGUGGCGCCAACGAUCAGCUGGUGAUCCUUGUCCGAGAGUACGAUGAAGCCCACCCCAACGGAACCCUGCGUGUUAUUCAGCCCAUAGUUGCACCACCUCAAGACCUAUGGCAACUGCACCAUGUGAGCCUGAACGUGGUCAAGAAGUUCCGGGUGGUGUUCGAGGGCAUCAAGGGCGACGCCCCCUCCACAGGUGGUCUCUCCCUGGACGACAUUAACCUCUCUGAGACUACCUGCCCUGAUCACGUGUGGCGGGUGAAGAACUUCAGCCACAUCAUGGAGACCACUCCUAACGACAAACCCAUCUACAGCCCCCCGUUCAAGUCUAGAGAGGGCUACACCUUCCAGAUGGGGCUCUACCCCAGUGGGAAGGAGGGCUACGCGGGGGAGCUUUCUGCCUACGCCCACCUGGUGACCAUGACCGGUGACACAGAGGUGCGGAAGUGGCCGUGUCCGUGGAAACAGAUGACCAUGAUGCUGUUCGAUCAGAACCCAGACAUAAUGAGGCGUAUGAACAACCAGCGCAGUGUCACCACCGAUCCUACUAAGAAACUCAGUGAGACUUCAGAGCAGUUCUUCUGGGAUGACCCUCGUAAGGUGGGCGUUGAAGUGUCAGCGGCGGAUGGGACCAAAUAUUUUCGUGGGCCGGGUGCCGGGACAACCACAUACCUCACCCAUGGCAGGGCCAAGAGCAGGGACUUCAUCAAGGGGGGAGACGCCAUCUUCCUGCUUACCAUGGAGGAUGUGUCACAUCUUACGGUGACCCAGCCCGUACCCUCCUCCACAUUGCCACCAGUCACCACGGUUACCACCGCCAUAUUGCCACCUACUGACCCCUGCACUAAGGUCACAUGUGGGAAUGAGGGCGUCUGUGUGGUGGAUGCUGGAAAUGCUCUUUGCAGGUGUGCAGUUGGUGACGACUGGUGGUACUACGGAGAGAGUUGUCAGUAUCAGGGUUCCACCCAGGACACAAUGACCACAGCGCUUAUAGCCUCUUUCUCUGUGCUGGGUGGCAUGUUGGUGGUGACUGCAGUCAGUGUGGUGUGUGUGAAGAGGAAAAACAAGAACAGCGGAGGUGGAGACCGGGGCAUCACCAUGUCCAAUGUCACCGUCACAGGAAUGUAAUGUUUUUCCCCCUGCCAGAACCAAAACUAUUCAUGGCCAGCCGUAAGUAGAUGAAGAAGUUAACUGCAAAAGCUACAACUCCUUCAAAUUUAAAUGACAAAAGGUCUACUGGAAAUUCCACUUAAAUGUCUCAUCCCAAUAAUUAUCUGCCUAUCAGCCAUGUAUUUUGAUCAGCCUGUUAAUUUUUACAUGAUUUGUAGUUUCUUUGUAUGUAAAAUCUCCAACUAUUUUCUUGUGCUAAAUUUUUAUUUAAACACUUGAAAGGGGGAUGUGCUCUACCUCUCCCGCACAGGUUAUUUUCGUAUUUGUGUGCAAAAAAUAAAUAAAAAUCUGAAAUAUGC